UCUCCCACACCGCUGCGAUCAGCGCGUGCGAGAAGGGCGAGCAGUGGCAGCGGGCUCUGGCGCUGCUGAGCGAGAUGCGGGAGGCGAAGCUGGAACCCAACGUCGUCAGCUACAGCGCUGGGAUCAGCGCGUCCGAGAAGGGCCGGCAGUGGCUGCGGGCGCUGGCGCUGCUGAGCGAGAUGCGGGAGGCGAAGCUGGAGUCCAACGUUUCAGCUAUAACGCUGGGGUCAGCGCGUGCGAGAAGAGCGAGCAGUGGCAGCGGGUUCUGGCGCUGUUGGGCGAGAUGCGGGAGGCGAAGCUGGAGCCCGAUGCCAUCUCUUCUACAAUCGCUGGGAUCAGCGCGUGCGAGAAAGGCAGGCAAUGGCAGCGGGCUCUGUCGCUGCUCAGCAAGAUGUGGGAGGCGAGACUGGUGCCCACCGCCAUCAGCUGCAGCGCUGGGAUCCUGGCUUGCGAUAAAAGCGGGCAAGGGCAACGGGUAA